AAUAUUUUUGUGGACAUCUUAAAAUCAGAAGUUGGAUAAUUGAAUCCAGGUCAUAUAGGCCCACGAAAUCAAUCAAUUAAAUGGGCCUAAAAAUCAGUGAUAUAGCAACCCGUUAAAACCAUCGCGGAAAUUGAGAUCUGUUGUCAUAAAACGGGCCGGGUCGUCGAGAUUCGGAUCUUUAAGACAAAAGAAUCAGAAAUUUCGAAAUCGAGACGCAACAAAUUGAUUGAAUCAAAAGAGAUUUGAUAAAAAAUUUGAUUUCGAGAGUGCUUCGGAGCAGAAGAACAAGCAAGCUAGGGUUUUCUUCUAUUCAAAUCCAGAUAGAAUCGAAGCUAUUCAUCGAAAUUAGGGUUUUUUUUUUGUUCCCUUAAUUUUUCCUUCUGAUCCUUCGAUUUCCAUGGCGGAUGGGUACUGGAACCAGCAGCGACAGCAACAUCAUCUUCCUAGUGGUCCUCCGAAACGUCCCCGUUCCGAUUUCGAAGCUCCACCAUCAACAAUGGCUACAGGGCACGGUGGUGGUUAUUAUCCGCGGGAUGAGGAUCUCGAUGUUCCCGAUACCAGAACUAUCGGUUCAGCUUACGAUCGCUAUCUCCAGAGCGUGCAAACAUCUUCUUUGCAAUCAGGAGAAGGUGGUUCUGUUUCCAUGGGAAGACCAGGAGGAGGAGGAGGAGGUAAUGGUCAAACCGUAGAUGAUUUUAUGAUGAGACGUGGUGGAGUUCUCCCUCUAGACUAUGGUCCAAAUGGGCAGGCCAUUGGUUUUGAUCCACCAGAAUCUGUUGGUAGGCGUAACCGAGAGACACUUCCUUUACCUCCAGAUGCAUCCAACACUUUAUAUGUUGAAGGACUUCCUUCUAAUUGCUCAAGGAGGGAAGUAGCUCAUAUAUUUCGACCUUUUGUAGGAUACAGAGAAGUGAGACUUGUGACCAAAGACUCCAAACAUCGGAACGGAGAUCCUAUUGUUCUUUGUUUUGUUGAUUUUACAAACCCUGCCUGUGCAGCGACUGCUUUGAGCGCCUUACAAGGCUAUCGAAUGGACGAAAACGAGUCUGAUUCCAAGUUCCUGCGGCUCCAGUUUUCUAGAAAACCAGGUUCAAGACCAGGACAACGAGGAAGAAGGUGAUGACUCAGGGACAUUGUGGUACGUCAAACAAAUGGUAAUUUGUUGUAUCUCGUCUGGCGGAAAGAUACAUCCUCCCUUUUCAAGUAUAAUCUCUAUGAAAUCGCACAUGACAUUAGUUGUUGUAUCCUUGAAGCAACAUGAGUCUAGAGAAACAAAGAUUUGCAGAGAGUGUAGCAUAUGAGUUUAUAGAAACUGUUUAUGUUCCCUUCCUAGAUUUCAAGCUCAUAUGUCGUGUUAUAAGUUGUGUUGUUGAUUUCAAAUGUUCAUUACAAAACGCUUGGUUUUAGAUGUGGAUACAUUCUUGGUACACUAUGAAAGAGGAUUUAGCAAUGGCUAGUAGUAUCAAUAAAACUAUAUUUGCUCUA